AUGUCCGACACUUCAGAGGACGAGUUUGAGGGGUUUUCGGCGGGUGAAAUCGAACUUGCAUGCCAAAGAUAUCAAGUACAAUUAGCCCAAAACGGCAUUGGUGAUGAUUUUCUGAUAAGUGAUGUUGAAAGUGAACUGUCUGAUGAUGAACCACAACUUGUUGACGUGAAUAAUGCCGGUGAUGCACCCAACAAUGAUGGAUGGCACCAAGGGUUUGACAUUUAUGAAAGAGGUCUCCCCCAUCUGUUUCAACCCAGAAAUACUACUGGUCCACAAAAUAUAUUAGGCCCAGAGAAGGAAAUAAUUGACUUUUUCCAACUGUUCUUGUCUGACCACCUUUUACAACAGAUAAUUGAGAAAACUGAUAGCUAUGCACAGAUGCAAAAAGAUUUGAAUCCUGACCUAAACAAGUCAGCUUGGUCUUGUCCUUCCUUGCCCGAGAUGAAGGCUUUUAUUGGUUUAACUUUCCUAAUGGGUAUUGAUGUGAAGCCAGAUUUAAAAUCAUACUGGUCUAAAGAUUGUCUGGAAACCCCAUAUUUUGCCACAGUUUUGGCACGUGACAGGUUCAUGCAAAUUAUGAGGUAUCUACACUUUACUGAUCCUCACCAGCGAGUUCCACAAAGAGGGGAGCCUAACUACGACAGUACUUACAAAGUCAGAUACUUUAUGGAAGCUCUUAACCAAAAAAUGAGGGAUCAAUAUAUACCGAAAAGAAAUGUAUCAAUCGAUGAGUGUAUGAUACCAUACAAGGGAAGGGUUGCCUUGAAACAAUACAUGCCUGCUAAACCAACAAAAUGGGGAAUUAAGCUCUGGGCGUUGGCAGAGUCGGACACUGGGUAUAUGUCAUUUUGUAAAAUCUACCAGGGCAAAACAGAUAGAACGCAAGUAGGGUUGGCUAGCACUGUCGUUAUUUCCUGUCUUGAAGGUGCCAAUUUAUCCAGACAAGGUUACCAUGUUUACAUGGAUAACUUCUUUUCCAGUCCUGAAUUGUUCACCAAUUUAUUUGAAAAUCUUGACACUGGAGCCUGUGGAACAGUCCGUCAAAACAGAAGAGGCUUACCACAGGAUUUAAUGACAAAGAAGCCUGUUGGUAUUACACAGAGAGGAGAUAGUCAGUUUAGGCAAAAGGGGGCAAUUUCAGCUACAGUAUGGAAAGACAAGAAAAAUGUUUCUGUGAUAUCUACCAUCCAUGACAACAGCUUGACGGAAGUGAGUAGAAUUGUUCAACAUGAAGGACAAUUCCAAAGGCAGCAACUCCAAUGUCCAAAGAUGGUUGCAGAUUACACCAGCCACAUGGGCGGUGUCGACCGUUGUGACCAGUACAUACAGUACUAUUUCUUCUGUCACAAAACAAAUAAAUGGCCAAAGAGAGUGUUCUUCAAGAUGCUGGAAAUUAUUAAGUUUAAUGCUUACCGUCUGUUACAAAUGUCACCCAAUCACCAGCAAACUACAUCAAUGACCUAUUUGGAUUUUUCUAAAUCAGUUGCAACCCAACUCAUUGCAGGGUAUACCACAAGGGACAACCGUAGGGGGAGGCCAUCUAACCUACCUGUAGAAGUCAGACUAACACACAGACAUUUACCAGCAGAUUUGGGUAACAAGACAUGGUGUCAUGUAUGCUGGCAUAGGGUAGCUAAUGAUACUCAGGAAAAAAGGCGUCAGACAAAAUAUGGUUGCGUAGAAUGUAGCAAACACCUUUGCAUGCCACAUUGCUUUACAGUCUACCACUCAGUCAGAAAUUACACUUCUUAA